CAGAUCUUUCUCGAACGCGCACCGCCCGCAGCCAGCGCGGCCCGAGCCCUUCCGGAAAGUGCCGAAGCCGCAGCCGGCGCCUGGCGGAUUCCCCGCCGGCCGGCACAGCGCGCCUGCGCAGAGGAGAGUAACUGCCGGUUGGUGGCCGGUGCUCCGCAGUGGGGGAGAGCCGGGUGAGGAGCCGGUCCCGGGCGCGCACACGGUCUCUGCUGCCGCUGUAAUCACAGGCCGGUGGGGCGCGGGAAGCACCAGGCGCAGCCAUGUCCGUGGUUGGCAUUGACCUCGGCUUCCUCAACUGCUACAUCGCUGUGGCGCGGAGCGGCGGUAUCGAGACUAUCGCCAACGAGUACAGCGACCGCUGCACCCCAGCAUGUAUAUCUUUAGGAUCCAAGACCCGGGCGAUUGGGAAUGCAGCAAAAAGCCAGAUUGUCACAAAUGUAAAAAAUACAUUGCAUGGCUUCAAAAAACUGCAUGGAAGAGCGUUUGAAGAUCCUUACAUACAAGCUGAAAGGGCCAGGCUUCCCUAUGAACUUCAGAAGAUGCCAAAUGGUUCUGUAGGAGUAAAGGUAAGAUACUUGGAUGAAGAGAGACUGUUUGCAAUUGAACAGAUUACAGGAAUGUUAUUGGCCAAACUCAAGGAGACUUCAGAAAGUGCUUUGAAGAAGCCAGUGGCAGACUGCGUGAUUUCAGUACCCAGUUUCUUCACUGAUGCUGAGAGAAGGUCUGUAAUGGCAGCUGCACAGAUCGCAGGAUUAAAUUGUCUGAAACUGAUGAAUGAAACGACAGCAGUUGCACUGGCCUAUGGGAUAUAUAAGCAAGAUCUGCCGGCCUUGGAAGAGAAGCCAAGAAAUGUCGUCUUUGUAGAUAUGGGGCAUUCUGCGUAUCAGGUUUCAAUCUGUGCUUUUAACAAGGGAAAACUGAAGGUCUUAGCUACUACUUUUGACCCUUUCUUAGGUGGCAGGAAUUUUGAUGAGGCUUUGGUAGACUACUUCUCCGAAGAGUUUAGGACGAAAUACAAACUGAAUGUAAAAGAGAAUCCCCGAGCACUGCUACGAUUGUAUCAAGAAUGUGAAAAACUAAAGAAGCUUAUGAGUGCAAAUGCUUCUGACCUUCCACUCAACAUUGAGUGCUUCAUGAAUGACCUCGAUGUCUCCAGUAAGAUGAACAGAGCUCAGUUUGAGCAGUUGUGUGCUGCCCUGCUGGCCAGAGUGGAGCCUCCUCUGAGAGCAGCCAUGGAACAAGCUAAACUUCAGCGUGAAGAUAUCUACAGUAUAGAAAUAGUAGGUGGGGCUACUAGAAUUCCAGCAGUGAAGGAACAGAUCUCUAACUUUUUCUGUAAAGAAAUAAGCACCACACUAAAUGCUGAUGAAGCUGUUGCAAGAGGCUGUGCCUUGCAGUGUGCAAUUCUUUCCCCGGCUUUUAAAGUGCGUGAAUUUUCCAUCACAGAUGUUGUUCCUUAUUCUGUAACAUUAAGAUGGAAAUCAUCUUAUGAAGAAGGAACAGGGGAAUGUGAAGUCUUCAGUAAGAACCACGCUGCUCCAUUCUCAAAAGUAAUUACUUUUCACAAGAAAGAGCCUUUUGACCUAGAAGCUUACUAUACCCAGCCACAUGAAGUGCCUUAUCCUGAUUCCAGAAUAGGGCGUUUCACUAUUCAAAAUGUUGGUCCCCAACACGAUGGAGACAAUUCCAAAGUGAAGGUUAAAGUGCGUGUCAAUAUCCACGGCCUUUUCAGUGUGGCUAAUGCCUCUAUAAUAGAGAAGCAGCACAUAGAAGGAGAUCACAAUGACACACCUAUGGACACUGAAUCAUCAAGCAAGAACCAAGGCAGAGAUGAUGAGCUGGAUAAAAUGCAGGUUGAUCAAGAUGAAGGUAUUCAGAAAAGUCAAGCUGAACAACAGAACCAAGCCGAGGAGGAAACUGAAAAUGCAGGAACCGAAACAAAAGCUGCUUUUGGAGACAAGCAGGAUCAUCCAGCCCAACCAAAGGCUAAAACAAAAGUUAAGAGUAUUGACCUACCUAUACAGGCAAGCCUCUAUAGACAACUGGGACAAGAUCUUAUCAAUUGCUAUAUAGAAAAUGAGGGGAAGAUGAUGAUGCAAGACAAGCUUGAGAAAGAAAGAAACGACGCUAAGAAUGCUGUUGAAGAAUAUGUGUAUGACUUCAGAGACAAACUGUGUGGAGUUUUUGAGAAAUUCAUCACUGAAGAAGAUUCAAACAAGCUGACCUUGAUGUUGGAGGACACAGAAAACUGGCUUUAUGAAGAUGGAGAGGACCAGCCAAAACAAGUAUACAUGGAUAAGCUUCAGGAAUUAAGAAAAUUUGGACAGCCUAUUCAGGAAAGAUACAUGGAACAUGAAGAGAGACCAAAAGUUUUAAAUGAACUGGGAAAGAAGAUCCAGCUCCUUAUGAAAGCAGUAGAAGCAUACAAAAAUAAGGAUGAAAAAUAUGAUCACCUAGAUCCUGCUGAGAUGGAAAAAGUUGAAAAAUAUGUUACUGAGGCUAUGAAUUGGUUGAACAGCAAAAUGAAUGCUCAGAAUAAACUAAGUCUAACUCAGGAUCCAGUUGUCAAAGUGGCAGAAAUAUUGACAAAAUCUAAGGAAUUGGAUAGCUUCUGUAAUCCUAUUAUAUACAAGCCCAAACCGAAGAUAGAACCUCCCAAUGAUGGGCAGGCAAAAGCUAGCGGGGAACACAAUGGACCAGUGAACGGACAGAGUGGUACUGAAACAAAACCUGAACCAGCGAAGGACAAUUCUCAGCAGACCAAACCACCCGGAGAAAUGGAAGUGGACUAAAUCUUGCAUUUCUUAUACUUAAUUAAAAUAGUGCAAGUAACCACAGGGUCCAUUCUUUUUGUCUCACAUGUUUAGUUACUCUUAGCCAACCUUCUGUCAUUUGUUGCUGAGUAGUUUUGAAAGUGUUUUAUAUCAAGUACACCUCCGAUGUUCAUUUCCACUGAUGCUGCUUAUGUGGAGCUUUAGCCAAAUGUAGAUUGUAUACGUCAGUUUAAGCUUUCCCAAUAUAUUUUAUAUCAAACCUACAGAAUUGAUAUAUAAAUGGCAACAAUCUACCUUAUUUAAAGCUUUUAUUGUGGAUAAACCUCAGCUCCUUUAUUCAGGAAAGGAUACUGUAUUGCACUACUGAUGCUCAAGUGUAGAUCUAAUUGCAUCUUUAUUUUGGAAAAAUAUUGGAAUUGAAGUGGCAAAACUUGUCACUUGAAGCACUGACCUUUUCUAGUUAUUGUAUUGUUAUAAUUUAAAUAUUGAAAUAGGUUAGUUGGCAUACUAGUCCAUCUUGUUGAUGUACCAUGAGAAUUGUACUGUCUUUUUCAUAUAAACUGAAUAAUACAAGCUUAAACAAUUUUUAGAUUCCCAUACCACUAACAAUCUUAGUUACAGAAUGCUAGCGUAAUGGCUCUGCCAAGUGCUGAGAUUAAGUGAACAGUCUCAGUGCGCACUGCUGUACAUAACGUACUGUGCUUAUAGGAUGAUGCUAAUGAUCAUAGUAUGGAGCGGUAGGAUGUACAAGGACUGUUGCAUAACUUUCCAUAGAAAAUGUCUUGGUGCACAUAUUACUAUUUCCACUUCUUUAGUUUUGAAUGAAAUCUACAUCUUUGUCACAUGCUGCAGAGGAAAAACAACAAACUGCUGUGCGAGCUGGAUAUUGGCACCCUGAUUUUUCAGGUUGCUUAAACGUUGUUUCUUACAAACUUGAAAGAAAUACUGAGAGCUUACUUAAGCCUUGGUACCCUGCAUGUAAACCUUUUGGUCAAGGAUCUAAACAAAAGAGCUUACAAAGCAAACUGGAUAUUAUUAUCCCAAAGACAGAAUCUACUUGAUGAACUUGCAUAGCUUACCAAUUAAUCUUUGGUCAUUUACUUGAUCUAAUGAAAGUGUCUAUAACGUAUUACACAGUUGAGUCACUAUCUUCUUUGAUGCAUCUUAGAUGUUGUCACAGUCCAGUGUAUGUUCAUAUUUUCCGAAUGCUUCUGUCAGUCACGGAGGUACUGUAGCACUUGCCAGAGCAAGUCACUCUUCUUUUGACUUGAAACAACUCUUCUACUACCAGAGUAGGCUACUCUUGACCUAAGAAACCACUUUUCAUAGUUAGCAUAAGAGACUGAGAUUAGUUGCAGUGUACCUCUUCAGUGACUUGAGCUUCAUUGUAGAAAUAAGUUUAGGUGUUCAGGUGUUAAUUGGGCAUUUCUGCAGCAGUUCUCCUGUAGCAGUUUGGUGCUGUUGUAAACAAGUGAAGGGUCAUGCUCUUGUUUGUCUCUGACAGCCAUUUUAUCUCCAGCCAUGCCCUUCAUGUUCUACCACUGUUCAUGCUACAGAGAGAUUCUGUGACCCAAGCUGUAGUUAACAGAGGUGAAAUGUACUUGCACAUCUUCACGUGAAAAGGAAGCAGCAUUUACAGCUGCAUACAAACUAGCUCGAGUGCUAGAACUGCAUCUUCAUGACUGACAUCAAGUGACGGAGGUGCACGUACUUCUUUUUGCUCUGCUGUUCCUCCUUUAUACAAUCAAUUGUGGAUGGUUCGCAUCUUGAGUUUACAUAUUCAAAGCCCUUGAACAAAAACUGAGUGACCUUGAAGAGAGCUGCAGCUGCUCGGCAACCUCAGUCUUGAAUUCUGCUCCUGUAGCCACGCAUCUUUGGUAUGGAGGGGGUGACUGCACUUCCGGUGUCAGCUGUCCUGAGUCAAAGUUGGGGCAGGACUGAACUAGCUUUGGUCCCAUAGACUUUAACAUCAUUAAUAUAUUAAAUGGCUUUACCACGGCAAUGUAAUGAGUAGCAUCUCUUAAGUAUUGGCUUCCUAAAACCCAUCUAUGUGUUACUUUGUGUGUUAAACUUCUGAUACCUGGCUCAAACACUUACACUCCAGUGUAAGCUCGUCAAUAGCUAAAAGGUCAUGUGUAAGAACAGAAAGUCUUCUGCUUAUUGUCAUCAAAUGUUCAAUAUUACAUUACAAAUGUUUCAGGCUAUUAUGCAUAAAGGCUGGAAUAAUUCUACAGCAGCUUAAUAUAGCAAUUGUAAAGGCAGAUAUGGUUAAGACAAGCAAUUGUAGUAAGGUUUUCUUACUAGAAUAGGGUGGGGUUUUUUUGCUGUGCAUCUGCUCUGUCUCUAUAUCCCUGGUGAAAAGGAAUGCUGUCCAAAGACUGCAGACAGCAGCUGGUUGCUGAUAGCACACUGCUUGUUAAGAAUCCCAUUUGGAGGGCAAACCUGUUCUUUCUGUAGUGAGCUUCACCUAAACGUGUGAGUGUAUGACUUAAGAUGUAAUCUGUUUUCUGUUACAAAGAGGACAUUUUACCAGGACACAGAUUAAAGGUUCUCAAGUACUUACAUAAACUAUGCAAAACUUGAAAAUGAGGUUUUGUGUAUUGGACUCAAGUGAGUUCUCCCUGACAGCACCAGAAUGAGCAUCUUGCAACAUAAGUUUUGCUAAGGUACCAACAGUAGUAUGCUACUAUGCAUGUGGUAUAUUUUUAAAAGCAGGUGUUCAUUGCUAACAUCAUCUUUGAGACUUUCUAUUGAGGGCAAGAUACAUUUCUCAUGUUUGAAAAUGUUUCCUCCAUCUCCCAAAAAAGAAAAAACAGGAAGCCAUGCUAUCUUUGUAAAGGCAGUAGAGUUGUGGGGUGGUGGUUUGUGGUUGUGGGGUUUUUUUUAAGUCUUGUUAAUCACAGUCUACAACUUUUACAUAAAAAGUUCAGUUAUAAAACCGCAUAAAUACUUGUAUUUUACCAGUAACACCUUUCUUCUUUCCUUUAAAAAGCACAGAUUCCCUCCUGUUUUGAGCAUUAAUGAACUUGCUCAAGAAAUGGCUUUCAAAUCAGUUUGCUUUACUAAACCAAGUUGGUGCUAGCUGCUUUACAACAGAUUCGUGGCUUCCUUUCCACAUCAUUUAUUAUACUGGUUAAGAUUCAGGAUUUUCUUUGAACUUCAUGCAGAUUUUUUAACAAUCCCUUGAAGUUAAACUUCUAUACUCCUCUUUCUUUCAACUGACAAGGGAGCUAGAUGAUAAAAUAACAGCUGCCUGCCUUGUUUGGUCUGAAUUUGAAUGAAGAAUCCUUUCCCUCCUUUGCUUCUGGCAGUGUUCCUCUUUCCCUGUUUAAAUAUUGCCUUUGGGGCAUGCUUGCAAAACUUGGAGUAGGCAGUUGGAUCCUGAGAUCCUGAAUCCUCCAAGCUGUUUAAGUGAAGCACCUGACUAGUGUUACCAUACCGGCUUCACAGGACAAUUUGGCAGAAUGAGGGAGAAGGUGCCCUUGUGUGUUGGGUAUGGCUGCCCGCUCAGGGAGCUGCUGUGUUGCUGCUGAAGCAGACAGGCCUGCAGCUCUGGAGUUGUGUGGGCAGUCAGAGGGUACCGCUGCUGCAGUGGCCACUACAAAGUGUUUUAUUCUUCUGCUUCAAAGUGAAAGCUGUUAAUCUAAAGCACCCAGUCUCUCUGUUGGUAAGAUUCCUUUGUAUCUCCAGCAUUGGAAAGUAUUUCAUAUGUUUCUAAGUCAUCUCAGUGUGCUGAGCUCCAGUCUCUGCUAUAGAUUCUUCCUGUUACUGUUCUCAAAUACUCUGUAAUUCAGUGGGAUUUUUCACUGUAAGGAUUAGGUAUAAUUUCAGGAAACAGGCAAGGAACUGGCAGGAAACUUCUUCCUAAGUAUUGACAUUAUUGUGAGAACUUUACAGUUGUAACAGACAUUGGAAUCUUUGCAGUUAUCAAGGCUCUGCUUGUCCAUGCCUUUCAGUUAACCAACACUAGCUUCCAAAAACUUGAAACCAUUUUACAAAUAUGCUGCAUUUGCUGGCUCAAAGCACCUAGCCGGCUGCCAUAAGAAAACAAGUUCAAUUCAUUUCCCACAGAUGAGUUUCAGCGUGAACCUCAUUCCUCAAAACAGGGUUCUCAUUUGUGUGUCACACUGUAAUACUUCAAUAUGCUGACUUCUGUGAGCCCUUCUAAACUGAGGCCCAGAUGCCCACACUUGGUUGUGGCUUAGUAUAGUGGCUACAUGCACUAAAGGUGCUUACAUCAGCAUUUUCUUUAACUGGAUGGAGGAAUAUUAUGUUGUCUCUUAGAAUUUUUUUGUUACGCUGUUUUCUCGCCUUUCAGGCACCAGAAGACAGAAAUGCUCUGUCAAAAGAGGUAGUAAAACACAUGUUGCUUAACAAAAGGCAGUUAUUACCUUGUAAAUUUUCAUUUCAACUCCCAAGAUAACACUUGGGUUAUAAAUACAAACUGUUAGUAGGAUAGAGGAAGUUUGUGGUAGCUAACUCUUAGCUCAAGUCUUAAUUUUCCACAGUUGAAAUUUGAAGAUUGCAGUCACCUAUUACAUACACAUGUAAAUAGCCAGUGCAAACAACUUCAUGUGACUACCAGCCCUGUGGGAUACUAAAACAGGAAUGUGUUCAUGUGACUUAACUGAUAGAGUUAUUAAACCCUGUUUUACAUCUUCCUGGUCAGAAGUAAAUAUAUCAAGCAAUGAAAAGCAGGAAUCACUGCAAUGUGAUCUACGAUGAGUCAUUUUAAAUGAAAAGCGAUGAAGAGCUAUACCUACCAGCCAUCUCGACAAAGUGCUGAAAUGGUUAAAUUAAAUUAAUAGAAAAGGUGGUAUUCCCUGAAUGUUGCAUAGUUGGAAGAGUUUGUUUACAUAGUCUAAACAUAUCUCCACAGGAUGGGGGGAGGGAAGAGAUGGGAGUGUUAGAAUUCAAAGCAGUGUUUUAAGUAUGCAAAAUGUUUACUAUGUAUGUAAAUGGGAUUCUUAUUAGUGACAGACCAUGUGCAUAUUGACAAUACUUCAAUUUAUUUUUGAAUGGCAAUAUGGAUUGUCAAGGUUGUGUAUAAUUAUAAUAAAUAUAUAAGCUGCUACUUGAACCAUAA